GCGGGGCCGGGCGGGGCUGCUGGCCGGCGGGCGAGCGGACCCCGCGGCUAUGAAGUGGCCGCUGAGGGCCCGGAGCCCAAGAGCACCCGGGGAGGGAGGCGCGCGCGGCCCGGGGCUGCAGCCUGGGGGCGCUGGGGCCGGGGCGUAGGGGCCGCCGCCCGCGAUGGACCGCGCCGGGGACUAUCCGGACUCGUUGCCGCAGGUGUCCACCUCCCAGGGUUCCUGACCCCGCCCCAGACAGCCACCGCUUCUCAGACUCCAUUCGGGCCGGACUCUCCAAACCUGCUUCCGCAAUGGGUGGGUUGUGAGCGCUGGUAAUGAGGAGCCGUGGGCGCAGCCAGCCUUGGAGAUGCCGAAGAGACGGGACAUCCUUGCGAUCGUCCUCAUCGUGCUGCCCUGGACGCUGCUCAUCACCGUGUGGCACCAGAGCACCCUCGCACCCCUGCUCGCUGUACACAAGGAUGAAGGCAGUGACCCCCGGCGCGACGCACCGCUGGGCGCGGACCCUAGGGAGUACUGCAUGUCCGACCGCGACAUCGUGGAGGUGGUGCGCACCGAGUACGUGUACACGCGGCCCCCGCCGUGGUCGGACACUCUGCCCACCAUCCACGUGGUGACGCCCACCUACAGCCGCCCGGUGCAGAAGGCCGAGCUGACGCGCAUGGCCAACACGCUGCUGCACGUGCCCAACCUGCACUGGCUGGUCGUGGAGGACGCGCCGCGCCGCACGCCACUGACGGCGCGCCUGCUGCGCGACACCGGCCUCAACUACACGCACCUGCACGUGGAGACGCCCCGCAACUACAAGCUGCGCGGCGACGCCCGCGACCCGCGCAUCCCGCGGGGCACCAUGCAGCGCAACCUGGCCCUGCGCUGGCUGCGCGAGACCUUCCCGCGCAACUCCAGCCAGCCCGGCGUGGUGUACUUCGCCGACGACGACAACACCUACAGUCUGGAGCUCUUCGAGGAGAUGCGCAGCACCAGAAGGGUGUCCGUGUGGCCCGUGGCCUUUGUCGGUGGCCUGCGGUAUGAGGCCCCGCGGGUGAAUGCGGCAGGGAAGGUGGUCGGCUGGAAGACAGUGUUCGACCCCCACCGACCAUUUGCAAUAGACAUGGCUGGAUUUGCGGUCAACCUGCGGCUCAUUCUGCAGCGAAGCCAGGCCUACUUCAAGCUGCGUGGCGUGAAGGGAGGCUACCAGGAAAGCAGCCUCCUUCGAGAACUUGUCACCCUCAAUGACCUGGAGCCCAAGGCAGCCAACUGCACCAAGAUCCUGGUAUGGCACACACGGACAGAGAAGCCCGUGCUGGUGAAUGAGGGGAAGAAGGGCUUCACCGACCCCUCGGUGGAGAUCUGAGCCUCGGAUGCAGGAGCCUCCUCCUCCGACCCUGUUCUCGGCCUUCCAUCCUCUCCCCACGGCGAUGGUCCCUCCAAGGCAGACACUAAGGAAUCACCAUCACCCUCUUUUCUAUUCUGGGGCUUGAGAGAGAGCCCAGCCUGUUGCCAGGACAAAAGACAGAGAAUUUAAGCACAGAAAUCCCAGGCCUGUUCUCUCCGUCCAACGUGACCAGGCCUGAGAGACCCGAGGGCUAGUGGGGUGCAGCUGCCACUAAGCCGGCGCCCCAGGGUGCCUCCCGGGAGCGUCCUGCACCAACAGGGCUGCAGGAGCAGUCGCCGCGGCGCCCAUGCCUGCCUGGAGUGGUGUGGGGCUGGGAGGGGCCAGAAGACCCCGCGUCAAGUGGAGCGUGGCCCUCCCCAGCUCUCUGCUCCCGGGCCAGCUCGACCACACAGGACACCCUGCCAGGCAAUUCUGAAGACCAGGAGAAGCCCCCGGGCAUCGCGAAUGCCCCGCACCCCUCCUCAGCACCUGCUCUUCCCAAGAGCUGCUCCCAAAUCAGACAUACCUCUCUGGCUCUCCUCUGGUUCAUGUUUACAGAGCAUAGGCUGUCUUGAUCCCAGCAGGCACCAGCCCUGCGUGGGGGCCUGGGCCUGCCAACAGGCGUCCCCUAUACCUCAGGCUGUGGCGGGGAGCGGAGUCCCUUCCUCUGGCCCCACUUCCCUCCGCCUUCUCCUCCAGCACUGGCCAGGAGGUGGGCCCUAGAACAGCACAGGUCACUGCCUGACCUGGACUAAGAACCAUGUGACCCCACUGUCCACACACUGCCUCCUCGCCGCCAGCUGGGCUGCAGGGCCCUCGCCUGGACUGGCCCGGGGAGGAGAGGCGCCCUCCUCCCGCAGCUUUUGAGAACCACAGACCUCAGGACUGGAUGGGCUAGUGGCAGGGGAAGGGAGUUCUCCUCCAGCCUGGAAAGAGGAGGGAGGCCAGGGCACCCCCCAACUCCUUUCUGUCCCUGGGCUAAGGAGGAAUGGGCCUUGGCGUAGCAGAGGGACUGAGGGAGAGCGGCGGGGAUUAGCUGACACUGAGGGGAAAGGAGACCUGAGCACACACUGCUUUGGAAAUCAUUCUAUUUUAAACACAAAAAGGGAAAGAAAAUCUCACUUCUCCCUAAGUUGGGAGCAUGCAGAGCUGGCAGCCUCAUGUCCCGCUGCCCCGUCCCCAGCCCAAAGAAAGAACAGUGUGCCAUGAGCUGCUGCCCUCCCCCCAGGGAAGAGUGUCUCCCUGAGCCUCCCUGGCCACCGGGAGGUCCCUGGCUCUCUGACCAGGACGGGCCCUCUGAUGGUGAUCUUGCUCAUACUCCUGCAAGUUGGAAGCACAAUUUUUCUCCUAAUGGAGGAAAAGGAAAGGGCCUGAGCCUACUGCAAAGGUGUUUAUUUUUUAACUGCUAACAGCCCCCCCUCCAUUAAACUCACAGGACACAUCUGAGGACCAUUCAGAACCCACUGCAGGGUGGGAGGGUGGAACUCAGUCCAGAGACCUAACAUACAGAGUAUAGCAUUGGUUGCCUAUUUUCAAAUGGAUUUAACCUUCCACAGUACUCGAGAAAGCAUCUGAUGGAAGCAGAUCCCUGAGCCACCUUGCAGGACGUUUUCCCCAACCUCUUACACUUUGGAUGUCACUUUGGAAAUCGGCCCCUUGGAGUCAAGUGGGGUGGCAUGGGAGAGAAGGGGGGAGGUAGGCACGGGGCAUCCAUCAGAUGAGUGAAUUAUGUCUGGGCACUCUAUGCCUCACUCACUGAAACCAGCCCUGAAUGCCAAGGUCAGCUUGGCUGGUCUGAGGCCACCUUCUUAGCCAAAAACCCAGGGCUUAUUUUCAGGAAAUCGAUAAUGAACAAUAAAAUGGGGACCUUUUUUGGCAGAUGCUAGGUCAGUUAUUUUCACCUAAUAUCCUCCUUUAGCUGCAUGUAUAUUUAUUUAUAAGUAUAACCCUGGUGGACUGCAGCCUUCAUCUUUGUUGGGAAUGAGUUUGUUAUAAAUCAGAAUUGGGUCCAUGAAGCGUUGUUUUCCAAGCCCCGUCUGUGCCCUACCCCCUCCAUGGCAAGCCCCAGCACACAGGAGUGAGAGGCCAGGGGCAGACAGGAGUUCUGAGGACAGAUACUGGGGUGAGGGUGGUGCCCAGGCAGCUGCACCUGGUCUGUUUAAUUUAACUGUAUUUAAGUUGCUUUUGAAAUUAAAAGUCAAAUAUGGUUUUUAACAGUCCUAA